CAGCACACAUCUUGCUCUCAGUGCAAAACAGAUUUAAACGACAGAUGAUUAACGCUUUAAUGUCAUUAUAAUUCCUUGUUAAUCAUGGGACUAGGGGACAAGCCAAAUUUAACAGUAUCCUUUCAUCGUGCUGGGACACACAGCCCUCUGCCAAUCUAUGUUAGUGGAGAGACUGUCACUGGAAAGGUCACUCUAGAACUCAGUACAGAAACUAAAGUGAAAUACCUUGAAAUUCAUGCCAAAGGAAAAGCAGAAGUAUGCUGGGCAGAACUCCAAACUGCUGGUGAUGUGACAUACACAGAAGUUUACCACAGCAAGGCUGAAUUGUUUAACUUAAAAUAUACAUUACUUGGACAAGAAAAUGAUGGUGGCCAAGCUGUGGAAGGGCAUAUCCAACUUAGCCCGGGACUGCAUGAGUAUGAGUUCAGCUUUCAGCUUCCACAAGGUGUCCUUGUACCGACAUUCAAAGGACGGCAUGGCUCUGUAAGCUAUUAUGUUAAAGCAUUCCUGCACAGGCCCUGGCAUGUGGCUGAAUCUACAAAGUCAGAGUAUACAGUCUUUCAGCACAUAGAUACCAAUCAACCUUCAUUAUUGAUACCUCAAAUUGGAACAAAAGACAAGACUCUUUGUUGUUGGUGCUGUGCUUCUGGGCCAAUACUUUUAACUGUCAAAAUGGAAAGGACGGGCUAUGUUCCAGGCAAGAUGGCUCAUCCAUUUAAGGAUAGAAUUUUAGAACAUAAUAGAGACAUUAGAAGCAACAAAACAACAUGUGCAUUAGCACGACAUGUGAACAAGGAAGGGCUUAAUCAUACAUUCAGAUUUUUUGUAGUGGAAGUGAUAGAAGUUAAUAUGAGGGGAGGGGAUAUCAAAACUACUACAGAAGCAGCAUAA